AUGGACCCAGAAAAAGGACUGACCUCUUCGACAGCGCAAGCAGUGGGCACCUCGUCGAUAUCGUCUGCUCCCAUGAAAGCAACCGACUCAGCCAACUACUCACGCCUCGAGACCUUCCAGUACCUCAUCGGAACCCAAACACCAUCGCUGCUCGCGCAGAGCCGCGGUUCCAAUGGACAGAGGUCGCCCUCUUCGCGAAGCGACAACGUCGGCUUGUAUCAACGUGCAAGAGAUGAGGAACGGCGAAGCAGGAUUGCGUACGUCUUGACUGGCUUCAUCACCAACAUACUGUACAUGCUGCAGAUCCUUCUCGCGGCGACGUUCACUGCUUUGUCGGGCUACAAGGAUACAGAAACCGUGACAUUGAUCACUCUAGGAGCCAUCAAUACCGUUGUGGCAGGGUAAGAUCCUCAAAGGGGUUUGCUUGGCGAACACCAGCUGAUCGAUUCCAGGAUUCUCGCCUGGCAGAAAGGCCAAGGUGUACCGCAACGGUAUCGGAAGGCUAGGGACCAGUACCAAGCGCUGAUAACAGACAUUGAAAUGACGGAGCGGACCUUCUUUGCCUUUGAUGGUCAUGGCGGUGCCGGGGCUUCCAACGGUGCUGAGUUGGAUCCGCAAGCCGAAAGAAUGAGACUGCAGAAGCUCUUUGAUACUGCCAAAGCUGAUCAGCAAGCCAAUUAUCCUGAUCUCUAUGUUAGCACGGGCGCAACGGCCGCGAAGAGCCCAGAUACAGAAAAGUAG